UCUUGACUCAUCUAAAGCUCAAUCCAGUACUUACUGAAAGAAUUGUCUAUUGAAUAUGGAGGUAGACGGUUAAUUUUGGAGCACCCUCUUAUAAGGAAUUAACAUUAUCAAUGGGUAAUAUUCAUUUAUUCAGAGAGAGAGAGCGAGAGAGAGAGAGAGAGAGAGAGAGCGCUUUAGAAACAUGUAAUAUUUAAAAAUCGAGAGAUGGGUAGAGGGAGAAAGAAAAAGACAGACAGAAUGGGUGGGGGAAAGAGAGACACAAAGAGAGAGAGAGAGAGAGAGAGAGAGAGAGAGAGAGAGAGAGAGAGAGGGCGUUUUGGGAGCUUGUAAUGCAUCAACUUAAAAUAUUUAAAAAAUCAAGACAAAAGGAGAGGAAGUAACAAAGAGACUGAGAGAGAGAGAGAGAGAGAGAGAUCUUCGCGCAUGGAUGCUUCAUUCUCUUUGUUCGUUUAUGUGUCUCGGUGUGUUUUAGGACAGCAAAAUGUUCCCUCGUCUUAUUAUGUAUAAGUUUGCAAGAGUCUCGUCUCUCCAGUGAACUCGGUCCCCUCAUGGUGCUCCGUCUCCACGCGGAUACAUAGCGCCAUUUAGGCGCGUAUUAUUUACUUCCUCACGGAUCAACGAAAACAAAAGUCAACACAAUGGAUCUUUCAUUUAUGGCUGCGCAGUAUUCAUACAACGUGGCAUACAUCUCGUGCGCACCGGAUCGGAGUCAAAAAGCGCAUUAUUCUGCUCCUCUACGUAAUGAAAGGUCCAUCAUUCCAGUAAGUCAGAUCCCAGUUAUGACAGGAGCAUUCAUGGACUCUUCCCCCAACGAUGAUUACAGCACUGAACAUUCCCUCUUCAACUCAUCUGCCAGUGUGAAUGCAGCUCCCAUGACCUUAGUCCAGACUCAACAUGAUGAGCAGCAUCGUGUCUCCACUGAUGCUAUCUGGCUGUGGAUCGCCAUCAUUGCCACCAUUGGGAACAUUGUGGUGGUUGGAGUGGUUUAUGCAUUCACUUUCUGAUCUGUCCAUUUAAAGAAACUAUUGGAAGUGAGUUGUCGGUUUUGAUGAUAAUCUUUUGGUUCAUGAAAAACCAACAUUUGCAUUCAAAACUUUUCCUUCUACAAUGUUAUUUGGAAGCUUGCACUUCGGUAAGCUGUGUUUGUUUAUUCUGAAGAUGUUCAAAUGGAUUAAAUGGCUUUAGGUGCUGAACCUACUUUAAUAUCCCAGAAGACCUUAGAAGCAAUUAAGAGGAUUGUUCCUCAAUUAUUUGGAUGACAGGACAGCAAAUCUUUAAACAUUAAAUGGAAGUAAGGGACACACACACACACAGCCGUACACAAAGAAAAUGGUUUGUAUAUAAACUAACAACAUCAUAAGAACACUUGUUGUUAUGAUAAAAGAUUAAUCUGUUCUGUGUAAAAAUAUUUCAUAGUUACACAUUUACUUCUGUAUAACGUCCAGCUAUAUUACUUUGUAUAACCUUAUAUGUUUUAAAGACAGUCUAGUUGAUUGAAGUCAAACACAUUUAAAUAUUCUUUGCAUCAAGUACCUGUCCAUAUGUUUCUUACUCCAGAAUCCCAUUUCUCUGUGUGUUGAAAUCUCCUAUGCAGUUGUUGCUAUGGUGAUUAAUCCUGACUAAUUAAGGACAUAAAAUGACUCUUCUUCAGCCAAGGAGAAGAGCACUUCAGAUGAUGGUGCCCUAGCUGUUGACCCUCUUAUUUUUCGCCCAGCUGUUUUCCUUCUUUUGGUUGAAGAGAACUAUCCAGGGAAAAAGCCAUAAGCGCAUAUUAUGUUCAAUUAUAGUGUUACUUUUAUGGGUUGCCAUGGAGAAGGUUAGAUGGGGUACAUAGACAGGGCACUAAAAAUGCCUCCACAGAGCUCUGGUUCUCUAAUGGGCUCCCAGGGAAAUAGUCAGGUCUGUAAUCAAGCCCAAGAAAAAGCAAUGUAUUUAAAUAUCUUCAAAUGCACUUUCACCGAAUCACAAUAUACAGUUAUAGUAACGUAGAAGAAAUGUAUUGUUCCCAAUACUAUUCAAAUAGAAAUGUACUGUAAGGGAAAUUAUGAUUAUGACUGAUUCGAAAAUGAAAGUGAUUUAUUAGGAUUUCUUUUUUGUUGACCACCUGCUAAUCAGCCCACUUUUGCCUAAUAAAUGAUGCACCUGUGAAACUACAACUGUUCUUAUUGAUUUACCCCUUCAUUCUUAAUAAAUGACCAUUAAGUUCUGAUCAUGCUGUUGGAAAUUCCUCAGCUAUAAGUCAGUGCUCUUGCUUUAUGUUUUCGUUCAUGAAUUCGUUCUUUAUUAUUCAUUCUCAUGAAUAAUAGACUACGUAGUGAUUAAUGAUCCUUUAUGAUUUUCAUAAUGAUAAGCCCAGAGUGUGCACUAAACCAUAGAUCUUGCCAAGAUACACAGUUACAUUGCUUUCUGUCCUGGCCCCGACAGCUCAGUGCAGACAGAUUCAAUAUGCUAAUUUGGGUCAGUGUUUUUGGACACAUUCUGUCAGCUCAGAUCUAAACUAACAGUCUGGAGUUUCUCCUGAGCCAUAGCAAUGCUUUACAACUGUUGAAUCAGAAUGUAAUUUAUACCAGAUUACCUGUAAGCUGAGAAAAAAAAGCUUAUUAGACUUGAAAACCUCUUAGUGAUGUUUAAAGGCGUUUUAACAUUGAUGUUUAUUAACGUUUAAUGCAGAUGUAUGCAACUGAUUGGCAGUCUAUGAUAAUUAUAUGUUCUAUAUUCAUUUGUAGUCUCUGUUCAUCGCUGUAUCUUGUACCUGCUGCUCUCAUGUGACAUCCACCCACACUGCCUCAACAUGUCAGAGCUUAGACUAAAAAUCAUACCAUACUUCUACAUACUUUUGCACAAAAUGUGUUUCUUAUUUCUCAGCCAGUAACACAUUUCACAAGGUUUGGUAUAUGCAUAAUAAAUGUGGGCACAAACAGUGCAAAAUGUCAAGACGUUCUAUUUUGAGAUGUUUUACAGUGUGACUGAACAAACUUGAACAGACAUACAUUUAGCCUUCUCUUUAUAUG